CAUUAACAGCUUAAGCCGUAGAGAGUAAAUAAAAGAAAUCAUAACAAACAACAAUGGCGGACGGGUAAGAUUUGUUAGAGAUUAAGAUAAGAAAAAUCUGCUACUAUCAUUAAUAAUAAAUGACUAAAUAACACGUUGUAAAAAAAAAUUAUAUAGAUGGAAUUGUAAUGAGUAAUUUUAAUAGCUUGUAAUAAAUUAUGGAUUUUUCGCCUAUUAAUCAUCACAACUGAAAUAGUUGACACUCAGACUCAGUAGUCAGUUUAGUAGUGUCCGUAUUAUCAGUAGAUUCUGAGUAGACUGAAUAGACGGUCAAUGACUUCCACAGAAGUGAAAUGCUUUGACGUCAUUUGCGUGUUUUUGUUAAUUUUAUGUUUUGGAUUAACUCCAGGCAGUAAUUUCAGUAAUAGUUAACUAACUCUAAAUUGUACAGCACUAACUUUUCUUUUUGAUUCUUACAGCCCCCAGUUGUACCCAGACCAUGACCAUGCCUUAGCAUAAACUAAACAAUCUCUCCAUUUUAUUGUGGGUUUCUUUUUUCCAGAUUUUUUCACAUAUAAGUUGGUAUGUUAAAUGUUGGUGUGAAGGUUGUUCACAAAAAGAAUGAAAUACGGGUGGGGGAGGGUAUUUGAACUUAAUUAUAUGUUCCGUUUUCAGCUAGGGAUUAGGGGCCCAGAAUUAAUUUUUUUCUUAUAUGAGGUGUAUAAAUAUAAUUCUAAACAAAAGUUCCUGCAUGGGUGAAUGGAUCUAGGACAAACUUAGUACACAUACACUUGAUUAUCCAUAUUCAUAUGCCGGUACUGAAGGGUAAUGAACUCAUAAUUUUAAUUUUGCCUUAAACUAGCCCAUAUACCUGGCAUUGCUUGGGAUGGGAUUCAGAAAUGAACAUUUCUUCAGCUCCUUAGCUCUUUAGCUAACAUCAAAAGAAGAGCCUGUAAAAAAGCACAUUUUAUUCCCUAAAAACAUUUAUUAAAAACAAUCUGAAGGCGAUCCCAUUUCCCACUGGGAUCCUGAUCCCCAGUGGGAUCCCUUCCCGGUUGUGAUCACUAUCCCCAAUAUGGGAUCCCAAUUCCCCUUAGAAUCUGAUACAAUGGGAUCCCAUUCCCCGAUUGGGAUCACAACCUCGGUGAUCCCAAAUCCCUGUAGCAUAUCAUUCUUGGUGGGAUCUUGACCCAGGGGAUUCUGAUCAUGAUGGUAUCCCAUUUCCCGGGGGGAAGCCAACACGCUGGGAUCCCGUCUCCUUGAUGGGUUCCCUUUCCCCAAUGUGAUUAUGUUUCCUGAUGGGAUCCUGUUUAUCGGUGGGAUUCCUGUUCCCAGUGGAGUCCUGUUCACAGAUGGGAUCCUGUUCACCAAUGGGAUCCCAUUUUCCAGAUAAGAUCACGUUUCCUGAUGGGAUCAAGUUUUCUUUUGGAUCCUGUUGCCGGUGGGAUCCCAUUCAUGAUCUGUAUAUUUUGGAAUGUAAUGGGAGAGAAUUCCAUUGUUUAGGGUGCAAAAAGAGAAAGAGCGUUCACCAUAUGUUAUAGUAUGAAAAACUGCAAAAGGUUCAAAACUCUGCUGCUAGAAUAGUUCUAAAGGCAAAAAAGAACAUGAUCACAUCACUCCACUACUCUACUCACUUCAUAGGCUCCCUUUACAAGCACUCAUUUGAUUACAAACUGUCUGUUCUUUGUCACAACUCUUUCUCUGAUUCCUUUCUAACCGAACUUCUUUCUGUCUAUUCACCCUUUGACAGCUUCAUUCCUCCGCAGACACACAUAUUCUUUCUGUUCAUACGAUGCAUGAUCUUUCUGUUUCUGCACCCCCAAACACAUUCGGGAUGGGGUACCACGCUAUAUAAGACCACUGUAUUUUAUUAUCUAUUCUCUGUUGUGAUAAUGUUACCAAGUUGGAUCACGUUUUAUUAGUUGGAUUCUGUGACCCAGUGAUAUUAUGAAGGGUAUGUUACCAAUUGGGGUUAAGAUCCAUCAAAACACUUAGAAGUGAAUGCCAUAAUCCAAUCGUUCAACUUCAUUUCUGUAUAUAGCUUAGGCCAUAAUAGAGGACACAUAAUAUUGGAUAAUGUUAUUGGUGGACUCACUGUUACCCGAACUGACUCACACAGACGCUUGUAUAAGGUGGUUAGCUACACGAGAUUUACUUUAAAAAAAGUAUUCUGUGCAGCAGUUGUGGUCAACCAUGUCCCAUAAAUGCACAUGCUAGCAGUACGGACGGCAAGAGGUAGCACUGGGCAACAUGUAAAACUUAAUGCGAUGAUCCAUUUUUUGCAGGCAGCCACCUAACUAUGAAGGAACUUAUAAUAAUGAGCUACUGUUGGUAAUAUGAAAUGCCACAAAUUGUAAUAAAUCACAAGACAUUAGUUGCAACAAACAACAAUCUUGUAGAUUGGCGCAACUUUAUGACAGAAGAAUGGGCCAUGUGGCUCCAAAAUAAUCCAGAUCAAAUUGGAAGCAUUGACAAUAAUGGACUACCAGAAGUGGUGGAAAUUGAUGAGUCUAAAUAUUUCAUCAUAAAUAUCUCAGAGACCAGUGUUUUUACAGCUUUGAAUGCGGCAUGGAUAAAUGCUAUCUAAUAAAGGUUCCCGACUGCACAGCUGCUACCCUAGAGCUUUUGAUUCAAAGAUAUAUCCUCCCAGGAACACAUCUGAUGGCUGGGCAGAAUAUGCACGUAUUGACCGCAUUGCCAAUGACAUGUACACGCUCUACAAUGUUGUCCAUCAAAGGAACUUCGUCGAUCCUUCUUAUAGUAGCAAUGUUCACACGGAAAAUGUGGACAAAUAAUUUGUCAUGAAUUAAUAUCAAUGUCUCCAAUGACAUGAUAUAAUGACUGUUGUUUAUUUACGUUCUCCAUUUUAAUUAUUUCUGAUACAAUAACUAUUGUUUUAUUUACUUUCUCCAAUAUUUCUAAUAUUAUAAAUGUUGUUUUAUUAACAUAUUCAAAUGACAUUAUAUAUUUCUGAUAUAAUAACUGUUGUUUUAUUUUCUCUAAACAUCGAUGAAUAUUGUAAUAUAAAUUUAAUUUCUUGUUUCGUUUUUGUGAACAUCACUUCAGUUUGAAAAUUGCAUUUAGCAUACCAACUUAUAUGUGAAAAAUCUGGCAUGUGGGGUGAAAAAUAAAAACACAACAAAUUGGAGAGACCGUUUACGCCACCGGUCUGUAAAAAUCAAAGAAAAAGAAGUUAAAAUGCUGUACAAUUCAGUGUUAGUUAACUAUUACUGCCUGGACAAAAUUUAAUAAAGAAUACACAUAAUUUUACUCACGAAAAUAAAAAAUUUGAUCACAACUAAUAUACGCACUGAACUGCACUUAUACCAAAAAACAACACUUUUUGUCAACUUUUUUUUAAUGACACAUUGCACGGUUGAGUUGUCUCUGUCAGUGUAGCUCAGGUAUGACAAUUUCAACAAUAAAAAAUCUGUCUGAUGCUAUCCGACAACCUCAACAUAAUACUUACACUUAUAGUAAUAGUAAUUGUCUAAUACAUCAUGACCAUGAAAAUCUAGCCUACUACUACUUAUUAUAUCAUAUCUGGUUGACUCUUUUGAUUAGACCAUUUAAACUAAACAAAGAUAAGUUCCUAUUCACAUGGCACUCACACAAAAAUUGAUGUUAAGAGAAGGAUCUUUUAGUUUUAGUUUUCUCCUGUCGCCAGAGACUGCUGAUGUUAUUUUUACAUUAAUUAAGUUACAUAGGACGAAAAAUAGCUUUAUUCAGUAGUAUUCAUCCAACCUACAAUAAAUGUUGUAAGUAAGGAUUGCAGGUUUCAAAAAUAUAAAUAAUUUCAAAGCAAUGGAAAAUACAAAAACUGAUUUGCCCCAAUUGUUAUGUUUUUCAUUUCAUUUACCAGGGAAAAUAAUUCAAACAAGAGUGACAACAGCUGGGAAAACUGGCUGGGAGGAUGGGUCCAGACAGCAAAGGAAAAGGUGAAGACAAUCUGUUACAUAUUGUUGCAUUCAUUUGAUAAUUGUUUACAUUUCCUAAGUUUUGUGUGUCCUUUAAGCUUAUAGAGAUUAUUAAUGCAUUUGACUCAUUUGUAAUGCUGGAAACAGUGGUUUAGGUUAACUUGCUGGACUAUUGUUAUAUUUUUACAUAAAUAAAUAUUGCUUUCUCCAAGUGAUUUACAAAAUAAUUUAUUUAAUAAAGACUAAAAUGCUUCAAUCUUAGUCUUCAAACAAUUAUUCUACAAAAGAAAAAAACUUUUCAUUUGGUGACAAAAAAAGAGUAAAUAUGUUUGUAAGUUAUUUUUUGUGUAAAUUCUUUUUGAAGAUCAUCAAUAAUUACUUUAAAUAUAUUAGAAGAUGCACACACCUAAUCAUUAGAUUUUAUUUCAUAUCUACAGUCAAGUUCUGCUUUAGAGUUUGUGAAAAAAGAUCUGGCAGAAUUUACAUGCACCAUGCAAAAAGAAACAGAAAAGGCUGUCGAGUUGACCAAGGACUCACUCAAUGUAACAUUGUGUUACUCAUUUUUACUUUCUUUCUUUGUUCUCUAUAAGUUUAAUUAACUAAUUAUAAAAAGUGUUGGAAAAAGUGUUGUAAAAACCAAACAGGAAAAAAGACAUGGCAGCUAGGUAAAAUUGUGCUCAAAUCACUUCCUUUACACGUUACUUAACUUUGCUUCUGUCUGUAGGAUAUCUGUAUAUAUAUAUUAUGUAAAUUUAAUUUAUACUUAUUUGCCUUUUUGUUGUACUGAUGAAGGCAUGUGCCAAAACAUAUUCUGUAAAAUUAUCAUUAAAGCUUACCUUAUAUUGUUAUAUUGACACAAAUUGUUGUUGUCUAAUUUCUCUAUAAGUUGUGGAAUAGUCCAUGUUGAAAUUGAAAUAAUUUUACAAGAAUAAUUUGCAAUCUCAUUAAAAAAAUAUUGUAUUUUGACAUAUUUUUUUUUUUUUUGCUGACAGCGAGAGAAAACCACUCAAGCCACUAACAAGGUAAAAGCGGGCUUGUCUUCAUUUUUAGACAAUAUUUCUAAAGUGCUGGUGAUUCCCCCAGAUGAUAAUUAUAUUCAGAUGAAGGUGGCAGCUGAUGGCAGUGGACUGUAUGAUAGAGGGAAGGUAAGUUGAAAAUAUGUUAUUGGCCAUGCUUGGGUUUUUUUGUAAGGUCAUUUUUAACUUCGGAUGGUGUCUCAGUCAGGUAACAAGAUGUAGUUCUGCUCUAUCUUGUCAUAAUGUUCAAGUUAUUAUGUGAGUGAACGAAGGUAUUUUUUCCUUUUAUAUUUUUCCUUUAAUCAUGAACUUAACUCAGCCACGUAUGAACAUGACUAAGUGAUGAUUAAAAACCUUGGCAUAAAUUAAAAUCUUUGUGCAUUUUUUGAGAGAGACACUGAGUAUUUUUGCUUGGAGAGAAACACAAAUAUUUGUUGUUAUGAGUGGAUCUUAGUCAUUUUGCAAGGAGAUUCUUUUUAGACACAUUUCUAUUUCAAACACCAGUAACUACUUGUAGGCAUUUUGUGGACUUUGUUUUGCAAUCUGAACUUUUAACAGUCUUGUGAUUAUUUGACUUCACACUACACAUCAGCCUUGUUGGGGCUAGGAGACAGCAACAGAAUUCUAGAAUCUUACAUUGUUUUCGGUGGCAUUACAAAGGGGACCUACUCUUAGAUAAUGUACUACCUGUUUUAACAUUAGCAAUUCACAUUGCAGUAUGUCAAGGUUGACAUAGGAUUUUAAUUUAAAGCUUUAAAAAUAUCUUCUUAGUUUGCAUUUAUUUUACUUCAUAUAGAAAAUGAUAUUAUACCAUCAUUUGCCUUAAGUUUUAAUGAAAUUUAAUCAUAUUUCUUUCCUCUUGCUGGUUUCUAAAGCUUGAAUGGAACUUCCACUUAAAAUUUUCUUGCUUUCAGAAGUCAGUUAUAUUUUAAUUCAAAAUUAAAAAAAAAAAACUAAUAUAAAAUUAAGAUUCUAACUGCUCUUAUGGCAUGAACAAUUUUUUGUUAGUUUUCUUAUCUUUUUCCAUAAUAUAUUUGUUAAUAUGAGAGUUAUGCUACAUAAAAUAUUGCAGUGUUUUUUUUAAAGCUUUAAACUUGGAUCUUAUUUACUAUCAUCACAGGCUCGCUUGCAUGCACUUCAGCUGGAUGCAAGCACCUACAUGGACACUCCCCAUGGCCCACCAGAACAAUAUAGCAUGUGGCUGGAAAGUUUUAACAUGGACCAACAUAAAGGAGAAAUAUCAGAGCUGUUAGUUUCAAAGGUGGAAGUUCGAGCUCUCUACACUAAAUUGGUAAGUUUUAACAGCCGAUUGACUUUCUAUCUUUCAAACUAUAUAAUUCUAACAUUUGAUUUUGAUAAAAAUAAAAAUUAAUCAGCCUGUCAUGGCUGUAAAUCUCAAAAAUUUAUUUUUAAGAAAAGCGAGGAUCAUUUUAAUGCUAUUUUCAUGAACUGUUUGAUAUAUGGUAUUAAAAACUAUAAGUGUCAAAAUUAUAUGGACAUUAUAUGUAACAAAAAAAAUUAUAAGGACAAAAAUAAAUGUUUUUAUGUUCUUAAGUAUUUUCUUAAAAAUAUUCUUAACUUACAUCUUUGAUAUUUGUCUCUUUCUAAAAUUUAAUUUUAAAAACGAGCGUGUUUUACUUUUAUUUAUAGGAUUCUGUUUUAUUAAAUAAACAUACUAGAAAAGUCAGCCUUCAGGAUCAGAGAUAAGCCAUCUGAACUUUAAAACUUUUGUGGUUAAACAAGCUUUUACAGUCACAUUGAAAAUGGUGUCAUUGGUUUGAAAUCAUUUAGUAUUUAAUCUUUAUUCUAGGUUCCCAGUGAUGUCUCCCAUGCUGAGUUUUGGCAGAGAUAUUUCUACCGUGUUCAUCAACUACAAUGUGAUGAGGCUAGGAAGCAGGCAUUGAUGAAAAGGGCAGAACAGACCAAAGGAGAUUCAUUCAGUUGGGACGGUACUGACUUGACCAAAUUAUUAUUGACCUUCUGUCAUUGAAAAUUUACUAUAUUUUUCUGUCUCUAUCAGCACUCUGGCAUAAAUUUUGAGUUGGUUCUAAUCUUUGAUUAAACCAGGUAUUUACAGUGAACUCUGAAAGAGUUUAAUUAUUGAUAUUUCUUGGAACAAGCGGGGGACGGUCUUAAUAGAUUGAAGUAAAGCAAUGCAUCCUUCUUUUGUUAGCUACUAGGAACUGUUUAGGUCUUCCAAAAAUGUAUGCUUCAAGUUUGGGGAUUAUUUGUUUCAUAAUGCAUGGUAAGAAGUUAAGAUUUUCAUUGAAGAAAAAAUAUAUUCUUAUAUCUUGAGUUUUUAUUCCCAUUUCUUUUUGUUUGGCCAGAUGAUGAGGAAGACUGGAGUGGUGGUGAGGAUAACCAAAGUGACUGGGAGAAAAUGCCUCGCCAAACCCAGUCAUGUGCAGCAUCAAAGUCAAAAAGUGUAGACUCUGUCCAAACUGCGCCACAUACAUCAACCCCGUCUCAAAAUGACUUACAAGACAGUUCUAAAGAUACUGUCCUAAGUAACCCAUUGGACAUAACAAAUGUUGCUGACACAAAAACAGAUCUUCUGAUUGCAGAGAAUAAAACAGAUCAAGACAAAGGCAAACAUCAAGCUAUCGUCAGUCUUUCUGAGACAGUAGUAAGCAAACCAGAAGCUGUUGAUAUAAAAUCUGUAACAGUUGCAAAUGAUUUUGAUGUGUCUGAACAGUGUAGCAGCCUGACUAUGCUACAACAGCCCUCUGCUGAGUUGUGGAGUUUACAUAUACCCGAUGAUGGAGUUCAGGGUGAUCUCCCAGACCAGGAUGUUGUGUCUGAAGCUGUUACUCCAGAAGGGGUUUCCGGGGUCACUGAGGUGGUUGUCAAGAGUGACAACGUUAAACCCCCAGUUGAUACAGAAAAGCAUCACAGUAUUGUAACUGUCCAAGAGCCUACGCAUGAUGACUGUGUUGGAGUUCAGGGUGAUCGUCCAGACCAGGAUGUUAUGUCUCAAGCUGCUACUCCACAAGGGGUUCCCGAGGCCACUGAGGCGGUUGUCAAGAGCGACAACAUUCAACCCCUAGUUGACACUGAGAAACAACACAUUGUUGUAACUGUUCACGAGCCUACGCAGGAUGACUUUGGUGACAAAUUGUCAGCUUCUUUAUCCAAAGGACAAACUGAAAAUGCCACAUCAUUGCCUGUCGAACCAGAAACUCCAUGUCAGCCAGCUCAGUCAACACUUCAGGAAAAAAUUGCCAAUGAUGUUACCAGUGUUUUCAACAAAGCAUCAGAUCUUCAGCUGCUUCCGCAAUCCCCCGAACUCGCAAUAGAUACUGCAUCCACUGAAACCAGUGUCUUCUCAGCAGCUGAACUGGUUCUUGAAAAUAUCAGUGAGACACCAGAAGCAGAAGAAAUUUCACAGCAACCUUCAGAAUCUACUCCAGGCAUUGCUGCCAUGCAAUCCACUCAACCACAAAAUUUCAGUACCAUCCCACAAAUCAUCCAUUCUGUUGAAAAUGCUGAUGCCGACGCCGAACAUGGCGCUCUGGUCCAAGAUGUUGAAAACAGCGGUGACAUGAAGGAGAUUGGGAUGACGAUUAAGGGAGACAUGAUUGUGGUUGGAGAGAGAGUCAGUCCAACAUCUUCAGAUCUCAGUGAUACAAAAGGUUAAUUAUUCAUUUAAUCUCUUGCUUACUCCUUUCAAUUUGCAAGUCAUGCAUUAUAGCUCAAGGGUACAUAUAUAUUUGGGGUUGAAAUUCAAUGUUAAGGUGUUACAACAGAUUAAGAAUUCCUCAUCUGGUUGAGUUAAAGCUUAAGAUGUUUCUGGUAGAUCUAUAGCAUUGAUCCAGAUCAACCCAGAACAUUGUAAUGAACUGUUUAACAAUGAAACCGACUUACCAUGGUAAGGGAUCAUAUUUUAGUCAUCUUUGAAUUAUCACAACUAUUUCAUUAGGUUGUUAAACUUAUUUCUAACUAUGGCAGAUAUAUUUUUUCACAUUUUGGUGAUCAUUAUUUUUUUUGUACAAUUGUUUAUAUAAUUUCUCUGCAGUGGAAAAAAGUGAGUGAUUAAUCUAAUUUUUUAAAUUAUGUUUUUGUUUUGUUAUAAAGCUAAAUUUUAAUUAUUUUUUUCCCUCUUUAUCAUCAAAAAUAAUCUGCAACUGGAUGUCCAAUGAUCCACUUGUUACUCUUUGUGAAAUACGUGACAUUUUUGGGUCUGCAUUGGUGAUGGCUUUAACUUUUUGUGUGAAAAACUAAAUGCCCUUUGCGUUACCUCUUUUGAUCCCGGCUUUAAUGUUUGAAUUUUUUUUUCCUGACCUUAUCAAUCUUAUCAAUUAUAAUUUGAAUUUUGGUUUGUAAUUGAACAUUCUCUGCUUUUAAAAAAAAUAUAAAUUGGAUCCUUUUGAUUAAUGUUAAAUAAAAUAUAAUUAAUUAAUUUGUACAUGCUGUAAUUUACUUUUUAUUGAAAUUAACCCUUACUUUUGCCCUGAUCUGUUAAAAAUAAUUAUUGUUUUAAUUAUCUAUAACUUAAUUAUAACUAAAUUUGAAUCUUAAUUAUUAUUUUAUUUUAUUUUUUUUGUUGAAAAAUAUUUAAAUGUUGAUUAUUGCUGAUCUGAAAAUUUAAUGUUUAUGUUACCUUAUUUACCAAAUGAUUAACUUAUAAAACAAAACAAAUGUAUACACAUAAAACAGAUGAUGAAAUAGAUUAUAUGUCCUUAUGUACCCCUAACCAGAAAUUUUUACACCUACUUCCAGAGAUAGGUCAAGAAGAUGACUGGGAACAAGAUUUUGACAUUGAAGUCACUGAGGAAGACUUGAAGGCUGCAGAUGACAUUGCUAAGAGGCUUAGUGAAAAUUUAAAUGUUGAUGUAAGAAAAAAAAUUUGUUUCAAUAAUGGUUUCUUUUAAGCCAUUUCCUUGUCUAUAAAUUAUAAUCGGUGAUAAAAGGCAAUUUAAUUGACACUCUGAUAACUGAUUAAAAUUAAAAGGCAGAACUUAAUUUUAGCCAUCUUUUGUACAGAGUUACACAAGGUCGGGCGGGUUUUCUUGGCCCUCAAUUUUGUUUGUAUAUAGAAUUCUUUAAAAAGGUUACUUUGUAAAAAUAGCAUUUGCAAGUUUAAGUUUUUGUAAACAAUUCUCCAUUUCACAAAUCUUUAUGUGAAUAUACUCUAGAAAUAAAUUCUUCUAUUUCAAGAAUACCAUUAAUUAAUUUAUGCAGUUUCCUUUUAAGUGAGAACUUAACAAAUGUUGAAUUGUUUUGUUGUAUUUAAUUUCAGGAUGACUGGGAAAACUGGGAGUAAAGGAUGCAGAUGACUUGUAAAAAAAAAAUCUUUUUGGUGCAGUUUGAGGGAAAUAUUUGACAUUCAGUGUUCCCAUCAUUCAAUUUGUUCUUCUGUGAGAUGAAAACAAAAGGUUUCUUGCAGAAUGUACUUCAGAGUAAUACAAAUGAAUACGAUGAAACGAUUCCAGAAUAUUAUUUCAUAUUAUGUGCAUUAUUUCUCUUUUCAUUGUGAAAUUUUCAAAAAAACUUUUCAAGUUACUGCAUGUGAUAAAUUUAACUCUUUGUAUUAAAGGCCUGUCUUUAGUUUCACCCCAAAGCUCUGAUACGUAUAAAACAUAAUAUUUUGUUUUAGGUGUAUUCCUACAUGGGCUGCAGUGCAACAGGGAUGUAUUCUUUGCAUCAGCUAGUUUAUUAGUAAUGAUCUGGUUACUAUUUUGUUGCGAAAAUUGUUUGUGGGGAGGGGUGGUGUUUGAAAAUGUUUAAAUCUCAAUGCCAAUAUUAUUAUUAUUAUUUGAAUGCCUUAUUUUUUUGUAUGAUAGUUACACAUGAGCAAGUUUCUUAAUUUUUAAGAAAAUUAUAUAGAAAUGGAAGAAAGAGACUUGACAACACCCUCACAUUGAAAGAAGUUGCUGUAAAAAACAAUUUAAUUUAUGCUAAAUAAACUGAAUACUUCAUAUAAAUUUGACUAGAUUUUAUGAUCAAAAACAGUUAAUUUUUGUAUGUACCAGUACCUGUACAGAAGUUUUGACUUUUAUGGUUUAAAGCUAAAAACUUAAUAUGGCUGUGACCUUUUCUUUCACUUUGAAUUUAUUUUCAACUGGGCAUUACUUAAUUUUUACAGUGGCUUGAGUAAAAUGAUUAAUUUAAGAGGAUACCAUCAGUUGUUCUGGUUAGAAAAUUAUAGUUGGGGGAAAAUAAAAAAGUUAAAGACCACUAAAGGGUUCCACCAAUCCCUUUUCUGUGUUUAAAGUUACCCUUUAUGAGAAGUGUAAUCAAUGACUGCAAAAAUGAUGUUACUUUUGACACAAAAAAUUAGCACAUUUCAAUAACAGGGCAGCCAGUUUAAAAUGGCAAGUCAAUAUUUUCUCAUGACUCAUUUGUGCAAGAUUGAACCGCUUGGGUCUGACUUUAAAGAUUUGUUUAGCAUAUAUCCCCAUUUAAAAAGGGAUAGUUGCUGAAUUUCCUCUUUUUUUUCUGAUGGGAUGGCACACAAACAUUUAUUUUUAAAUAAAUUAAUAUGAAGGAAAUUGAUUUUAUCAAUGAAAGUGUUUACCUGUCAUGAUUAUACCACCUUCUUACACUGAAUAUUCUUUAUUAGCUAGCUGUAAGUUAUUGUAUGAACAUAGUCUUGUCCAGUGUCAACUAAUGAAAUAAUAUUUGUAAUGAGAAUACAAAUUUUUUCAUAUAAAUUCAAAAAUUGUUCCAACCUCAUUACCAACUGGCAAAGUGCAUGUUUUUAAUUUUUUAAAAAAUGAAAGCAGAAAGAGUUACUUGGCCAAGGUGUACUGAAUUGUGUUAAAAACUAUGCUUACAAAAUUCACUUGAAUGGUCUAAUUUUGAACAUUUGGCUCAGUUAUAGGGAGAUUUUUAAAAAAUUCUAUAAUUCUGUUAGUCAGUUAUGGAUACUAUACUGUUUUCAAACAGUCUAGACCUGUUGCAUUAUAUAUACACACCAAGCCUAUUUGUUAUUUUAAGUGUCUUUCCAGUUGAUAUAAAUAUUUUUUAUGCUAAUCUUCAAUUUCAUUGGAAACCCUUAAGGCACAAAAUGUGUUUUACUGUAACCCAGACAUAUUAUUAUUUAACUAAUACAAUAUAUUUAGCUAGAGAUUGUCGUAUUUAUGGGUUACAGAAACUAAUGGGCUUUGGGAUUUAACAUUAAUAGGUUUACUUCAUUUUGUCCCCUCAUUUUUUUAACCGCAUUAUUUCAUGUACAUUAAAAAAAAAACAUCAAUAACUAAUUGCUGUGUUCAUUACCUUGCAUAUUUUGUUCUUAUAUGAAAUGACAACUUUUUGAAUCUUCAAAGUUGUUCUAAGUUAUGAUAUACUCCACAUCAAGCUUUGAUAUACCAAUGCUCCUUGAUUUCACUGGGAUACAUUCUGAUGUCUGGUAACUAUUUCUGUAAUGGUAUCAAAUAUGCAUUCUUUGUAAGGUGUCAAGUGCCAACAUCUUGUAAGCAUUACUAUUAUUAUUUUAUACAUACUACAAAAUAAAUGCCCUCUAACUUUCAAGAGGCAUGAUGGUAUGCUCAAGUCUUUUUUUUUUUAAAUGACAUCUUUAUAUUAUUAAGGUGGACCAAUAAAUGAUCUGUCAAAUACUGCAAUAUUCUAUGAAGUGAAUGAGCAUGAUAUACUAAUCCAGGCAUGACUACACUUGGUUACUAUAACCUCCUUACAAUCUGGUCCUUUAUCUUUGUUUUUUUUUUUCACUAAUAAUCUACAGAACCAAAAUAUGAUUUAAAUAUUUAAGGAAUUUAAAAAAAAAAUCUGUUCUGGAUAAUUGGGCAUCCUCAUAAUAUAAUAAUUUUUGCCAUACACAUAUGGAGUCAACCCUAAGAGAGGCAAAUGUAAACAACCAGCAUACAAUAAAUGGAAACUUGUACAUAAAUAAUCAUAAAUACAUGAAAACAAAAGUUUAAAACUGGCCUUGAUGUUCGGUCUUAAAUGUGAGAACUUCUGUUGCUAUUGAUGUUCUUUUUUUAAUGAUGAAACUGUUCAUGAUGUAAUUAUUAUUGGGGAAUUAAUUCCAAAAUACAUUUCUUAAAAACACAUUAUUUUGUUUCAUUUAUGUGUUAUUUUAUUUAUUUUUUUAAAUAUAAAAAGUUAAGUAAACAUUUACAAAAAAUGUAGAUAUU